GCUCGCGGCUCCCGGCUGCGGCGCCCGGCGCGUGUGGGCCGGCUCGGGGCGUGCGCCGCUCAGGCGGGCUGGGCCGGCGGGCGGUUAGCGCUCCGUUCGACGCGGGGAGCGGCGGCACGCCGGGCGCUGCACGGCCUCGGCCGACCCGGGCGGCGGUGGCGGCCACGGCGGUCGGGCUCUCGGGUUCCCUGGCCCAGGCCGGAGCCAGUCGGUGCCCCGGCGGAGAGACCCGCAGCCGGGCUCCCCGGCCCCGGGCUCCCCCCGGCUGGGGCGGCCGGGGCAGGGGGACAAUGUCUGCCCGCGCCCCGGUGCCCGCCGCUCGCUCUCGGGGGGAGCUGUCCUCGGCGGCUGCUGAGAGGGAGUCGCUGUCGGCCGCGGCGAGCCGGCAGGCCGAGCAGCUGCCCCCGCCCGAACGGGAGGGCAAGGAGGCGGCGAGGGAGGAGAGGGCCGCGGCCGCCACCAGCGCGGGGGCGCGGGGAGAGCCGUCGCCGGCGCCGGUGCUCGGGCACAGCGUGCCCCAGGCGGCCGUGCCCGUGAGACCCCUGGCGCUGCACCUGGCGCACAAGACUCGCGGGCCGGGGGGCCCCUUCGGCGGAGAGCCGCCGCCACCGGCGUCGCGGGACCCGACGGCCAAGGACGCCCGGGAGGAGGAGGCGGCGGCCGGCCCUGAGGAGAAGCUGCGGCCGCCGCCGCCUAAGGAGAACCCCUGGACCAAAAAGCCUCCCCAGCACCUGUCCCCCGCCGGGACGGGGCCGCCCCCGCCCCCGCCGGAAAGCCUGGAGGCAGAGCUCAGUUCCCCAAAAAUUAUAAAAGCAGGAAAACUCAAGACAAAGAAAUCCAACAAGUGUCAGAGUGUCCUCAGCCAAGGAAAUAAGAAGCCACAAAAUAGAAAAGAAAGAGAAGACAAGGUUGAAAAGAGAAGUAACAGUGAGAGCAAAGAAGGCCAGGAAACAAAAUUAGAUGGUCCUGGUGAAAACGUCAGCGAGGAUGAGGCUCAGUCAAGUAAUCAACGAAAGAGAGCUAAUAAGCACAGGUGGGUACCACUCCACUUAGAUGAUGUAAGACCAGACAGUCAAGAAAGACCAGGAUCCCGGAACAGCUCAAGAUGUCAACUUGAAGCAAAUAAAUCAUCACAUAAUAAUAGGAGAAAUGAAACACGAAAUUGGAGGCGUGAUAGAGAAAAGAGAGAUGAUCAAGAUGAAGUUUCCAGUGUGAGAAGUGAGGGUUGUAAUAUUCGAGGUUCCUUUAGAGGCCGAGGAAGAGGCCGAGGACGGGGAAGAGGACGAGGCAGAGGAAAUCCUCGAGUGAACUUUGAUUAUUCAUAUGAUUAUCGAGCACAUGGUGAGAGGACUGAUCAACCAUUUCAAACAGAACUUAAUACGAGUAUGAUGUAUUACUAUGAUGAUGGUACAGGCGUACAGGUGUAUCCUGUGGAAGAAGCAUUGCUUAAAGAGUAUAUUAAGCGCCAAAUUGAAUAUUACUUCAGCAUAGAAAAUUUGGAACGGGACUUCUUUCUUAGGAGAAAGAUGGAUGAACAGGGUUUCUUGCCUAUUUCCCUGAUUGCUGGUUUCCACCGUGUUCAGGCUCUCACUACAAACCUGAAUCUCAUUUUAGAGGCAAUGAAAGAUAGCACAGAAGUGGAAAUUGUGGAUGAGAAAAUGAGAAAAAAAAUAGAACCAGAAAAAUGGCCAAUUCCAGGCCCUCCUCCACGUAGUGUGCCGCAGACAGACUUCUCACAGCUGAUUGAUUGCCCAGAGUUUGUACCAGGCCAAGCCUUCUGUUCACAGACAGAGUCUGCCCCAAAUUCUCCAAGAAUUGGAAGUCCACUGAACCCAAAGAAAAGUACUGACACAAGUAAUCUUCAAGCAAUGUCUAGAGGUUUGUCUACCAGUUUGCCUGACUUGGACUCAGAACCUUGGAUAGAAGUGAAAAAGAGACAUUGUCCAUCCUCAGUGAAAUUGAGGGAAUCAGCAUCUCUACAAGAAGAGACAGCAAAUCAACUGUAUCCUCCAGAUGAAGAAGAACAAGAAGAACUUGAUUUUUUGUUUGAUGAAGAGAUGGAACAAAUAGAAGGACGAAAAAACACAUUUACUGAUUGGUCUGAUAAUGAUUCAGAUUAUGAAAUUGAUGACCAGGAUUUAAACAAGAUUUUGAUUGUAACUCAGACACCACCUUACAUGAGAAAACAUCCUGGAGGAGAUCGAACAGGCAACCACAUGUCUCAGGCAAAAAUUACAUCUGAACUUGCUAAAGUUAUCAAUGAUGGCUUAUAUUAUUAUGAACAGGAUCUGUGGAUGGAAGAUGAAAACAAGCACACAGCCGUAAAGCAAGAAGUUGAGAACUUUAAGAAGCUAAAUCUCAUUAGUAAAGAGCAGUUUGAAAACCUAACACCUGAACUUCCUUUUGAGCCAAAUCAAGAAGUUCCUGUAGCACCUUCACAGUCCAGGCAAGCUUUUUAUUCCUCAGAUUUGACUGAUGAAUUGGCUCAGAAGCUGCUGCAUGUUUCAGAAAUAUCUUCAGCAACAGUGGCCCGUUCAUUGCCUGCAGCAGUUUCAGAAUCUCCUAGAAUUUAUCCUGCAGGGAUACCCAAAACACCUCGAACACCCAGGUUACAAGAUCCAAACAAAACACCAAGAUUUUAUCCUGUUGUUAAAGAAUCAAAAGUCAUUGAUGUAAAGAGUCCAAGAAAGAGAAAAACAAGACAUAGUACAAAUCCCCCUCUAGAGUGUCAUGUUGGUUGGGUAAUGGAUUCCAGAGAUCAUGGGCCAAGAACAUCCUCUGUCAGCAGUUCAAAUGCUUCGCCUUCAGAAGGUGCACCACUAGUAGGAAGUUACGGAUGUACUCCUCAGUCAUUCCCAAAAUUUCAGCACCCAUCUCGUGAACUUUUGAAGGAAAAUGGCUUUACCCAACAAGUGUACCACAAGUAUCGUCGAAGAUGCCUAAGUGAGAGGAAACGCUUGGGAAUUGGCCAGUCCCAAGAAAUGAAUACCCUCUUUCGUUUCUGGUCCUUUUUCCUCAGAGAUCACUUCAAUAAAAAAAUGUAUGAGGAAUUUAGACAACUUGCUUGGGAAGAUGCAAAAGAAAACUACAGGUAUGGAUUAGAAUGUCUGUUCAGGUUUUAUAGUUAUGGACUGGAAAAAAAAUUCAGACAAGAAAUUUUUAAGGAUUUCCAAGAAGAAACCAAAAAAGACUACGAAUCUGGUCAGCUGUAUGGAUUAGAAAAGUUUUGGGCUUAUCUAAAAUAUUCUCAAUCUAAGACACAGUUGAUUGACCCAAAACUUCAGGAAUACCUCUGUAGCUUUAAGAGGUUAGAAGACUUCCGUGUUGAUCCCCCGAUUAAUGAGGAAUUUGGAAGAAAAAGACAUUCAUCUACUUCUGGUGAGGAGAGUAGUCGUCACAGACUUCCAUCUAAUUCCUCUAGGAAGCCACCAAGUGCUGCUAGGCCUACAUCUGCCAGUCAGCUUCAGGUCCCAGGAAUCUCCCAGAAGGGACACUUCAUAGGAGGCCAGUGACAAUUCACACCAGAACAGUGCUGCCUUGGUCUCAACAAAUGGUGAAAUGCCUGAGAAAUAGACUCUUAUGAAAGUUGUUUGCCCUUGAAAUCAACAUUUACAUCAGUCUUUAUUUGGGAAAAAUCUUCUGAUGCUUAAUUGUGAUAAUCAGAAAAAAGAAAAAGGAAGAAAAGUGGUAGCAUUUUUUCUAGCAAGGUAAAUUCUAAAAACGUUUUCCCUGAUUUCAGGAACAAGGGUAGUUUUGGUGACCUUUUAUAGAGAUCCUGUAGUAAUGUAUUUUGGUCUCAGUAUUUCUUUUCCAAGCCAUUGUUUCCAAGAACAGCAUUCCUUAAACACAGAAACAACACAAGGAAUGCCUAACAUUUCAGCUCAUACUUCUUAAAGAAGAUAUAGUAUGUUGUAUUCAUCUCUUCUAUAGAGCUUUCUUAAAGAAUCCAAUUACCCUACUAUCAAUUCAUAUUUGAACUUAUCAAAAACGAAGAUUACGUAUAUAUUUUUUAAAUUUAGAAAAAGAAUAUGAAAUGAUACAUUUGCUUUUCUUUUAGAUGUAUAGUUUAGAGGAUUUUUUUUUUCACACCGAAGUAGAAAUAUAUUGCAGUUAUGUUGAAGUAUAUACACUUUUUAUGCUGAGUUUUGCUUUUUUCUCCCCUAGUCAUACCUCGUGAUUUCCAUAGUUAUUGUGUUGGUGGGGAGUAUUCUGAAUUGGUAUCAGCUGGUUACUUAUUAGGAGAGAUUUACUUUUUGUGACUAUAUAAACCUGCGCAAGUAAUUGAAAACUGGGUUGGGAUUGUUUGGAAUAUUGUCCUAAAUUAGUUAAAUCUUGCACUGUUUUGAAUGCAUUUGCUGUUUGUACAUCUGCAGGUAGCUAUGUCACAGUCAGAUUAUCUUCAAUUUAAAAAGAGUACUUAGUUUUUUCUUUUUGUUUCUUUUAGUUUUGUUUUAUGCUCGUAAGUGUUUUCGAGAGUUAUAGCAAAUUGAUUUCUAAUUUUUAUUGCUAUUGCAACUGAUGUAAAGGAUAGUUUCAGUUUUUGUGGGAAUUUAAAAAAUAAAGCACUUAUUCUAAAUUAUUUGAAUUUUUAAUUAUUUUUGUUUAAAUAUAGCUGGAAAGCUGUAAUAUUCAAAUUCUGCUAGUAGAGGACCAUUAUAUUUUGCGAAGGAAGUUUCAGUUAUAAACUUAAAUCCAUUUUUAUUUAGCACAUAUAUUUUCUUGUAUUGGCAGAAGCAGCUAAUUUAAUACACUAAAUUAAUUUAUUAUUUUCUUUUUGAUGUCUUGUUCUUUUAGAAUGACAACGUUGAGAUACAUAUAAUCUUCUUUGACUAAAUGGGCUAUUCAUCAGUAAAUAAGAGAUUUUCAUUAGGUUAUUUCCCAUGCAUAAAUGAUAAUCUGCAGUUUUAUAAUAUUUAAUAUUUGGGGGUCAUUUUGAUGUUUUAAUUUUAAGAAAUAGUCACAUUUGAAUAUUCAGAAAAUAAAUUUUACUUAGAAAGAGAUCAUCUAAAGAUAAUG